GGAUACCUUGACCAUAUUUUCGAACGUCGUAUGAGUUUUUGCUGUGACAAAAACUUUACUUCACAAUGAAGAACAGAACGAAAUCCACAAGGGCAUUAAGUACAAGCAGUAUACCGGCCUAUGCUUUGAUACGUAAACUUCGUUUUGAACUGUCUCCUGAUAAACCAAUUCAUCGACCUGUUCAAUCCCUAUUUUCAACAUCCAGCGGAUUUAACAACUUUCGUGGUCUGUUAAAUCUGGCUGCCUUUAUACUUGUUAUCUCAACAUCUAGAAUGGCAUUAGAAAACAUUAUCAAAUAUGGAAUCAUCAUGGAUCCAUUUUCAUGGAUUCGUUUUCUUUUACAAGCUCAACAGAAAUGUGCGGUGAUUGGGUUAUUUGGUUGUACUAAUGUUUUUAUUAUAUUCGCUUGGUUAGUUGAACGUGCAAUUCUUCUUGGUUUAGUUGGUGGUAAAUUUGCAAUGGUGCUUAUUGGUUGGAAUUUAUUUUGCCUGCUCACCUUCCCGACCAUCAUGAUAUUAUCAAUGGAUUUUAGUCCUUUGUUCAGCGCUCCUGUGCUUGGAGUGUACACUAUUGUUUUUCUGAAACUAUUUUCGUAUGCUGCUGUUAAUCGAUGGUGUCGUGAAUCAAAUGAAGACGGGGAUUGCAAUGUGGAUGUGGUUUUGGGUAUAUUGGGAAAAUCGACACCGACAUCAUCUCCCACUCAUAAUGCCCAUAUCAGCAAACCUGAGAAUUUGAAUCCAAAACCUAUUAACAAUAAUGUUAAUUCUCAUCAAUUCGAUGAUUAUUCUGAAACGAUUAAUAAAUACAAUUCAGUCAAUGAUCCUUCGGAAGAAAAUCAUGUAUUCAAGCGAAAAUGUUCUCCAGUGUUAGAGCAUCCAGAUAUUAACUUUCAAGAAAAUGGAGUGAAUACUAAGGUGGAGAGCAAAACCAAUGACUUGAAAUUAGAAAAUGAAAACACCUCUGAAGUCACACAUGAAGCUACUGGAAAUAGAAAAAAUAAAAUUUCACAUUUUUCUCCUAAUUCGAUGACUUCAGUAAAUAAUGCGAAAUCGGCAAAGCAUCUUAGCCAAUUACAUAUGAAACAUAAAAGUCAAUCUAGAAAAUCCCAACAUUCACGGCUUAGUGUAUGUGAAAGCAAGGAUUACAAUAGUAUUGGCUCAGACCCAGUUGAAUUAGAAGUAAAUGUUUUGGUACACGAUGAAACUUGCAUGAAAUUUAGUCGUAAUUUAUACGUUACUUAUCCAAAUAACUUAACACUAUGGGACAUAUACUAUUUCAUCCUUUCACCAACAUUGUGCUACGAAUUAAACUUCCCGCGCACAAUGACAAUAAGGAAACAGUUUUUAUUCAAACGCGUCUUCGAAUUGAUAUUCAUUCCCCAACUUAUACUCUGCUUGAUUCAACAAUGGAUUCUACCUAUACUGUCAAACAGUUACGUUCCAUUCACAGAAUCAAGAUUUAGCUUGAUUGUUGAACGUUGUUUGAAACUGGCUAUACCUAAUCAUCUCAUAUGGUUACUGUUUUUCUACCUUGUAUUUCAUUCCCUAUUAAAUGUAAUUGGAGAGAUUUUAUACUUUGGUGAUCGAUUCUUUUACAGCGAUUGGUGGAAUGCGGAAUCUGUGCCAGCGUUUUGGUCAAAAUGGAAUAUUCCUGUCCAUCGUUUUGCUAGACGGCAUAUAUACAUACCCCUUUUACGGUCAGGGUUCAGCCGCUUCCAAGCUGGUUUAGUUGUUUUUAUGAUUAGUGCAUUUUUCCAUGAAAUACUUGUUUCGAUCCCAUUGAAAAUGCUACGAUUCUGGGCCUUCUUUGGUAUGCUAAGUCAAGUACCAUAUGCCUACAUAGUUUCACGAUUAUUCCCUAAUGGUGGUCAAGGUGGUAACUUAGCCGUGUGGCUUACGUUAAUAAUUGGUCAACCAUUAGCUAUUCUUGCUUAUUUCCAUGACUAUUUCAUAAUACAUUAUAAUGUUGGUGGAAUAUAAACAGCUACAAUCAAUAAAUCAGUAAACGAGAUUUUUUAUUGUUUGGUUUUUCGUGAUAUCAUUUCCUUACUCGUUGUACAGUGCAGAUUUAUGGAUUUAAUUAGAUAUUUACACUUACCUAGUAUUUUCUUUCUUUAUCAAUAUUGUUUUUCUAACUAAUACUUAAUGAGGUGGUCAUUUUUAAUGCUGAAUAGUUUGUCGAUUGAUAACUGUUAAAUAUACAAAAGUGAUUGUCUGGAUAUUCAUUAUCCUAUCUAUGCCAUUCAGCUUUCUCGCCUAGUUUGCUGUUUUUGCUUAUCAUUUCUCCUAAUUCUCGCUAUUUUCUUUAUUUUUCUGUAAAAGUAUUACUAAAGCAACGAAGUCUUGUUAUUUAUCUAUUUUUUUGCUUCUGUUCUCAUCAUUGUAAUUUAAUUUCCCUUUCAACUGAAUUCUUACUUUUGAUGUAAUUACGACCAUAUUGUCUGUCCAAUGUGUCUAAUUGAAUCGCCAUCUGUAUAAGUGUUAACUAUUUAUAAGUAUGUGUAAGGCUUUGUUAGACAUAAUCUCCAGUUUGUGAACAAAAGUUCAUUUUGUAGGUUGGAUUUAUGGCACCAAUGCUUUCAGAUAAGAAAGAUAGAGAAGUAAAAACGAUUUUCAUUCCAUUUGGAACUAUCUGAAAUGUUUGUAAGAACUUUCGUUUUAAUUCGAACGGACAGUUGCAGAGUAAUUGGGUCCCUAGUUAAUUUGAGACAUUAAAAAGGAAAUUAUAUUUGUAAAAAUUCUCAUUGAUUAAAGUUAAAAUAAAUUCAAAUGUUUCGCUCGACAUUCUAGUUCAAGUUUUUUCAAGGGGAAUAAUCAAACAUCAAAAUUAU